AUGAUUUGGGGAAUUAUUCGACGCAAAGUCGCUUCGUGUCAGUCACUGUCACGAAUUCAGCGUCCGGCGUUCAGGCCCAGAGGUUAUGCCCGAAAAGAGGAGAAUUCAUCUGUGCAGGUUCUGAGCAAUGGCAAUGAGUUUCGGCAUGUCGGCAACUUUAGUUAUUGCACAACUUUAGGAGAUCUAGUUGAUGCUGUUGUCCCUUUCAUGGGUGAAUCUAUUACUGAUGGCACCUUGGCGAAUUUCUUGAAAAAACCUGGUGACAGGGUUGAAGUUGAUGAGCCCAUUGCUCAGAUUGAAACUGACAAGGUCACAAUCGAUGUAGUUAGUCCUGAAGCCGGCAUCAUUCAAAAGCUUGUGGCCAAGGAAGGUGAAACCGUGGAACCUGGUACCAAAAUUGCUGUUAUUUCAAAAUCAGGUGAAGGUGUAACACAAGCUGCCCCGCCCUCACAAGAAAAGGCUGCUGCUCAGCCCCCUCCUCCAGCAGAAAAGGAGAGUGUAGAAAAAGUAAUGACUAAGACUGAAACUUCCUCAGUCAAAGGAAAGGAAAAAACACCAUUUCCACCACAACCAGCAGUCAGAGCUCCUUCAUCACCUCCUAAACCUUCAGAACCCCAACUUCCGCCAAAGGACAGAGAAAGAAGAGUUCCCAUGACAAGGCUGAGGAAACGGGUUGCAACACGGUUGAAAGAUUCACAAAAUACAUUUGCAAUGCUGACCACAUUCAACGAGGUUGAUAUGACUAAUUUGAUGAAACUUCGUUCAGACUAUAAGGAUGCAUUUGUUGAAAAGCAUGGGGUGAAGUUAGGAUUUAUGUCAGGAUUUGUCAAGGCUGCUGUUAGUGCCCUUCAGUAUCAGCCAGUUGUCAAUGCUGUAAUUGAUGGAGAUGAUAUCAUAUAUAGAGACUACAUUGAUAUAAGCAUUGCCGUCGGCACACCAAAGGGCCUUGUUGUUCCAGUUAUCCGCAGUGCUGAAAAAAUGAAUUUUGCUGAGGUAGAGAAGAACAUCAACAAUCUAGCUAAGAAAGCAACUGAUGGUACUAUAUCGAUUGAUGAGAUGGCUGGAGGUACAUUCACGAUAUCUAAUGGUGGUGUUUAUGGAAGCCUUCUGAGCACGCCAAUUAUCAACCCUCCACAGUCUGCUAUCUUGGGCAUGCACUCUAUAGUCAGCAAGCCUAUGGUUGUUGAGGGCAACGUAGUCCCAAGGCCAAUGAUGUACAUUGCACUGACCUAUGAUCAUCGGCUGAUAGAUGGAAGGGAGGCUGUUUAUUUCUUACGCCGCAUCAAAGAUGUUGUGGAGGACCCUCGAAGGCUUCUCCUUGAUCCUUUUCAAAUUCCAUCUGCAACUCGUUAUAGACUUGACUAUGCCAAGAAAAUGCUUAUGAACAAAACAAAACAUGGCAGCAAGAAGAAGAAAAUAAUUGAACUGCAAGAGCUUUCAAACCUUUGGAGAUCUCGUGAUGACAGCAAUGCAAGUACAAAAGCUGCUAGUAAGACGAUUACCGAGCAUCCAACCCAUCCACCAAAUGUCACAACUUCCUCACAAAGCCCCAAGAAUGAUGGAGUUGAAGAACAUCAAGAUGUAGACAUCGAGGACAUUUUUGGUGCUGGCUCACCUGAUGAUGGGAAUGCAAUUGAAGAAAAAGUUUAUGAAGGCUUUGAUAGCAAUGUACCACAGCAAAACAACACUGAUGAUGAGAUUCUGAUGUGGACGAUAGUGAUGAUGAAGCAGAUAAGGGUUUCAAUGCUGCAGAAGCCCUUAGAGCCCAGAAAAAUGCAGACGAGAAGAAUGAGCAGACUUCCAGUUCUAGUAGCAGCAGUCGAAGUAGAAGCAGUGGAACUUCAGAUCGAAGAAAAAGCAAUCCGUUGGGCUAAGAUUUGUAGUUGUAGUGCAUCAGAACUAGAGCAAGUUAAAAAGAAUAGAAAGUCAAGUGAUCCCCAUCACAGCUGCUUCAAUCUCACCUCAUCCAAAAUGAUACGAUCCCAAGUCACACAGUGCAAAGCUGAUUUCCUUUACAGCAAGCACGACUCUACUUCUGAAAUUUCUGUAAGUGAAGUCUUAUCUUCGUCAUAUUCUGUUUUCAGCUCAGAUGUUAAUAUUGUAGGUGGGAAAAGUGAAGUGGGUGUUGAAGGAAAGGAAAAGGUGAAAUUUAUUAAGAACGAGGAAGAAGGUGAGGAGAACAAAGAAAGUGAAAGAGUUGUUAAAAAAAACGACGAGAAAAAGGAAACCGAAUUGAGAAAUGAGGACGUGGAGAGCAAGAAAGGAAAGGAGAAUGGUGGUAAUGUGGAAGUGAAUGGAGGUCCAUUAAAAAUGAGGCCAUAUUUUGCUAUUGCAAAUGUUAUUGAUAGUGGAGUUGAUUUGAGUAAAAGACUCAAAUUUUUAGCAACAAUAUUUGUUUCCAAAACUUCAAUUAUUGUGUCUUGUGCGAAUGGAAUCAUGGGAAGAGAUGCUCUUACUCAUGAAUAUAAAGAAGUUGUGAUGGAUGACUCUCAAGGUAAUGGCAAAUCCAAUUCAGAUUUUGUAAAUCAUUUUGGCUAUAGGGUUUCUACCGGGACUAAGAAUUGA